UACCAUAUAUGAUGACCCGAGCAUCAGUGCUCUCCCCAUUUACUUAGUUAUAAUGGCUUCGUUUAUGACUCUGGUCAAGAUACUAAGAAGCUAGCUUUAUUAUUUAGCGCACACUUACUGUGUCAUUCUUUACCAUAGCCGGCGCGGUCGAUGUGAUGCCCCCACCUUCGCAAUGAAUCCCAGCCCCGCGAUGAUGCCAACUACCCUGCCGACGAUGUCCUCUGAAUCGCCUAAACGUAAGCGAGCAUCGUCCGAAGAUUCUGAUUACCGCAGUCCUUCCGCUUCACCUACAUCAAGCGGCUCAAUCCCCAACCCCCAGGAAUCCAAGAUCCGGGAAGCAGAGGACUGGGGUCGAUACAGCCCGCGAGCGCUAGUCGCUGGUCGCUUGGGGCGAUUGGCUAUCCGCGGGGAUCAAUUUUCUACGUCGCCAGUGCCGUAUGGAGUAGAUCAGGGCAUAGUCGCACAUACGGCACAGUCGGGGAACUGGCCUACCUCAGACGGUGAUUCUCAUGAGUCUUACACCUUAUCCGAAGCGAACACCUCGAUGGAGAUUAGUCCCAGCCCAGGGGAGCUGUCAGAGUUUGCGGAAGCUACUCAGUCUCCUGAAAUUGCUAGAUCCGGAUCACCAUCUCCCAGAAAGAGACGAUCGACACCCAGCCCUCGCAAGAAGAAGCUCCCUACGACUUCUCCCAGGAUGCGUAGCCGCAGUGCAUCACCACCUCUUAUAACCGAUACAGCUGAGAACCCACUUACAUGGCAUGACUCGGAAAUCACGGGUCACAACCCGACUGAUCCUACUGACGACGGAUAUGGGCUGAAUGGAAUUGGUUUCAAACCGACUGCGGCAAUGGCUUGGGCCAGGUCAGAGAGGAGAAAGAAACAGGUCGCAGAAUGGAGGAGCCGUGAAGCCAGAGAGGCGCGCGAAAAGCGGCGAGAACGCCGAGACGGUGCCGACUUCGAGAGGAUACGGUCUAUCCAAUCUGGUGCCAUUCAGAAAAGGGUCAAGUUUGACGUCUAGAUGCGGAUUUCACAUGAGUAUGCAUAUGCGUAUGAACACCCUUGUCUCGAGACACACCUUCUAUCCUUUACGAUAUCCCUAACACUUCUGGAGUUUAUCGGUUAUUAUGGCUUUAUCGAAACGGGCGUUGGAUUGAAAUAAUCGACACGAGACAUGACAUCACAACUUCAAGGUUGGAUAGGGUAGCAGCCCCUAAUAUAGAGAGGAAUAUGUACUUUUGCAACCAGCCCAC